AUGAAGAGGAUGCGAGAGCCGUCUGAGAAGUCAAAGAAGUCCAAGAAGGCAAAAUUGGGAGAAACUUAUGGGUUAAGACCUCUUGUCCCUCUGACUAAUUCACCAAGUAAGUCUCUGCCUCUUUCUCGCUCUGUCAAUUUAAAACAAAUUGCUUCUUCUCUUCCCCACACUAUUCCUAUCUACACCCAAUCUGAAACCCCACCCUCUACCACUAAACCCUCUAACACUCCAACCUCUAAUCCACCAUCUUCCCCACUUCAAAAAUUCAAUCUCUCCACCACUACCUUACCCAUUUCUAUAGAAGAAAUGCUUAAUGAAACCACAUCACCCUCAUCUUCUACACCUUCCUCUCCAUCUUACUACGUUCUAUCAUCAGACUCAGAACCGUCUGACCCUCAAUCCCCCACACUAGCUCAGCUUCAGGCACGUGCUCUUGCCUCUCAACCACAACCUGAACCAGAAACUAACACUCCUCCACCUGAACCACAAAUUCCACCAUCAUAUGAACCACCACAAACACCAUCAUCUGAACAACCACAAUAUCCACCACCUAAACAACCAACACCAACACCCUUUUCUACCCCCACCAUACCACCCUCUGAAGACAUCACCUUCCCAAACACCACCCAAACACCACCAUCAUCCCCAAAUUCUGACCCAGAUCAUACCUUCCCCGCCUUAUAA